AUGACAGUAGUGACAUCACAGCAAAGUAGGUCUGAGACAGAACUUCAGGCUUCCUACCUCUUUCGUGUGGAAGGAAAGCAAGGCCUCAGAAAUGAACCCUGGCUCCUUCGGCAGCUGAUCAGGACUCCAGUUUAUGAGCUGGGGAAUGACAUGGUCAGAGAUGUUAAGGCAAGUGAAUUUGGAAGCAGGUUGGAUGGAGUAGAGAGCUGUUUUACAGUGAUAGCUGGAGACUAUGUGGGAGCUAAUGUUGAAUAUCAUCCAGAUAAACAAAGUACAGAUGUGCCAGCAGAAACAGUGGAGGAAUGUAUACAGAAGUUCAUCGAAAUUGAUCAGGCAUGGAAAAUUCUAGGGAAUGAAGAGACAAAAAAAGAGUAUGACCUGCAGCAGCAUGCUGAUGAACUAAGAAAUAUGGGACCAGUAGAUGCUCAAGUAUAUCUUGAAGAAAUGACUUGGAACCAAGAUGAUCAAUCUUUCUCUCUGAGUUGCCGAUGUGGUGGAAAAUACACCAUCUCCAAGGAUGAAGCCGAAGAUGUUAAUCUGAUUGCUUGUGAUACAUGUUCACUAGUUAUAGAACUCCUUCAUUGUUGCUAAAAUGUUUUAGUUCACUACUUGGAAUCCUGUCAUUGCAUAUUCGGACAGGAUGAGAAAAGACCACUCAAGCUUCAAGGAAAUGGAUUCUAAGAAAAUACAAGAUCAUCAAGCAAAGGCCAGUUCAGAUUAAUAGAAAAUUGCUGUUUAUUUGUACAGGUUGCCACAAAAAAGACUUGAAUUAUAAAUUCUAUUUUGUGUUUUCCCAUCUGAGGACUUUUGUUUCUUCUUGGUACAAAAUAAGAAUUUUCUUUUUCUUAACAUCACCAUGUCUUUUUUAUUAGGUAAAAGUAUUAUGUUCCUUUGUAGUUAUUAAGUUUCUGAUCUAGCAGAUGAUGGUUUUAGCUAUAGGCCUAUUGUAUACAUAUCUCAAAUUCUAGAGACACUAGAAUUAGUUAGAAUUUUUGUGAACAAUAUGUAAGCCCAGUUUUCCCAUAAAAAAUGCUGGAUAUAGAUAUCCAUGAAGUUAUCUCAAAGUCAGUAAAGGUGAAGUGGCAUCUAUGGAAAGAUAGGUAAGCUUUGGAGACAGAAAAUUGUGAACACAGCCAUCUUCACCUUUAAAUGUAACUUAGGAAAUGGAAGCUUUAAAAAAUAAUUUGGGACAUGCCUUUCCUUAUUAUGAUAGUGUUUUAAUUACCUAUGUUUAUGAAUAUGGAAUCACUCUUUUCAUUGCUGCUAUGAAAUGGACCUUUAUUAGGAAUUAUUACUGACUACACAGAUCGUAGAUGUAAUAGUCAUAUUUUUUAUGUAUUUAAUAUCAGAAUGCAUUUAAAGACUCUGAGGAUACUUUGUGGAAUCACUGAAGAUUUUUUACUUAACUUCAACUGAGUGGGCCAAGCAUGUAAGUGAGCAGCUCUUCAUUAGGCCGCACUCCUCGUGUUGUCACAUUGGAUUUGUAAAUGAAAAGAGUUACUACUCUGACUUCUAAAUAUGGCUGAAGUAUGUGGCACAUUCAAGAACAUCAGAUUAUGUUCAUUGUACCUACAAAACCAAAAUACAAGUGAGGUAGUCAUCCAUCCCCCUCCAGAAAAAACAUUUGUAUAUCAUAAAAUUUAUAUGUAAAACUUAUUUUGGAUUAUUUAUUUUUGAGACAGGUUCUCAUCAUAUAACAUAGGCUAGCCAGGAACUAUGUAGCCCAGGCUGGCCUCCCACGUGCUGGAAUUGCAGGCUUGAAUUACAUUCUUAUCCAAAUAUUCUUAACUAAUACAACUUGCAUAGCAUGUUGCUUAUUCUUGACAGUGGCAAUUAAAAGUAACUAGAACUGAAUAGCAGAUAGUUUAUUGAUAAAUACAUGGUUCCGAAUGCAGUAAUAAAUUCACCUGAACAGGAUGUGAAGUGAAUUCAAGUAAAGUAAAUUCACUUCACUUGAACAGUCAAGUCAAAAUAAUAAAUGCUUGCUAAUCAUCAGAAAAUCUGUGGCCAUUCGAGCUGUCAGGUAGAAAUCCAAAUUCACUCAGAGGCCAAAUCUGUAAAAUCAAAAUAUAUAAGUUUGAAAACAGUUAAAGUGAUAUCAUAUUCCUUUUUCUAUUCAUCCUUUUUUCUCCAUGCUAGAUAAUUAAAUGUGUUCUCCUUACUCAUCAGUCAAGAACAAAAUUUGCUGUAUUACAAUAAGACUUAAAAAAAACUUGUGUUGUAUUUAAACACUACAGUUUGGAACAUUCAAACAUUAUUCAAGAAACUAUAUGUGUAGUGUAUGAAUAUAAGCAUUUUCUUUUACUAGCCUCAAGUAAGAGUUAACUAUAAACUUUCAACCUUAAGUGUUUAAGUUUUAAAUACUUGAAUAUGACAUUUGUUUAAGAACAGAGACUCAGGUAAAUUAUCCAUUCGCCUUAAGUAUUCAUAUAUUUUCCUUACAACUUGUGAUAAAAAGGAGAAGCCACAGCUAGGCAUGGUAGUGCAUACCUACAAUCCCAGGAUUGAGAAUUCAAGGCCAGCCUGGGCUCCAGAGUUUCUUAGGCUAUAGCUAAUGUAGUUUAAAUUUUAUUAUUAUUAAGAAGUCAUCCUCAAUUUCGUACCUUUAUGAAAGCAACACAGAGAAGGGGGAUAAUGUUUUGCAUAGAGCUACUAAGUAAAAACAACUUGUUCAUUAAAAUGUAGUCACUACAACAGUUAAGUCAACUGUUCAAAGUUCAUUUUGAGAGAAACUUUUUUUUUUCUGGCUCAGAGAAUAAAGCUUACAUGUGAAGCAGAAUACUGUACCUUAAAGAAGAUUCGUCCUCUUACUAGUCCAUAUGGAAUAGGUCCAUAGUACCUGGAAUCUGUAGAAUUCUGUAGGUUAUCACCUUCUAGCCAAACAUGACCCAUUGGCACCUAGAAUUAGUGAAGAAAAGGAACCCCUAUAAAGACAUAAAACCUAAUUUGGAUUCUGUCAUUCUAAAGCAUGUCUAUUUUAAAGGCUGAGCCUGGUACCACACACUGUAAUCCCACUAUAUAGUAAGACCUUGUCUCAAAAAACAAAACAAACAAAAUCCAAAUAUGCCAUUUGGAGGUAGGGAGAACUGUCCUAACAUUUUCUUUUAAGAACUACCUAAAAUUCUAAGACUGGCAUUUUUGCUUUCAAUAAAAUAAAGUUUACUGUCAAAGGUCUCAGCUUUCAAAAAGAUCUUUUAAUCCUAUAGUUCCCAAAUAUUAAUUUGUUAUACAAGCCCCAAACUAAGGUUAUAAGAAAUCAAAACAGUGUGACAGGGUCAUUAAUAUCUUCAAAAGAGGUCAUUAGGACACUGAUGAUAAUGUGUCUCCCUGUCUCAGUAACAGCAUAAACAGGGCAGCCGCUCACUCAGCACCAUCCUGGGGCCAGUACCAAGACCAGACCUAUUAGAGUGCUCAUGAUGAACCAAAUGGCCAUAUCUUCAGUGCAUUAUAUUUUGAUAAUGACCAUCAGGAACCAGAAGGACCUAUUAUAAAAUCAUCAGUUGAAAAUUAAUGAUGGUGAUCUACUAAAUGAAAAGACCCUCUCUCCACAUGUCCUGUGUAAUAGCUGGUAAAUAAGUUUAAAUUUUUCACUCUAUGACAAUCAUAUUUAGAACAAAAUGCAUUGCUUUAAAAAAUGUCUUCAGCAUGAGAGAUUUGCUUACUGAUAUCUGGAUCAUAUAAAUUUAAAAAUUACUCUUUGGCACAGUCUUUAAAAUUGCUCUUUUAAAGUUUUGAUUAUAUAGUUUUUGUUAACCAAAAAAGUUGAAUUAUUGGCCAACCCAAAUAAUCUACUGGGAAGGAAUUUAGUUUGACUGUAGUCAACAAAAUUCAAUAGGAGAGACUGCUUGACUGUAGUCAACAAAAUUCAGUAGGAGAGACUGCAGUUUUUUAUUUCAUUUUUCAGAAGAGAUUAUAAUUCUGAAAUGUCUUGCAUCAUGUAGAAAUAUUUUCCGAAAACCCUCUUUGCAUUUGGAUCCACUUAAAUGUCUAUUUUGUAGGAAAAGAAUGUAAGUUUGCUAAAAGAAAAUCAAUAUAACACUAUUUAUUUUUAUUAAUGAAACCAAUGAUAGGUCUUCAGGCCAACAGCCAGGCUGUUUCCUAUUCAUGUAAUAAAAUGGACAGUGCAGUGAAACACAAGACUGCUCAAGUAGAAAAACGAGUGUCUCAGGUCAUACAAAAAUGAACAAGACAGUGGACUUGAAAAGCAGUGUGUAAUUAACAAAUUCUGAAGUGUUACUUUUAUAAGGUGAAGAUCUUGUUUUAAGUUUUCAGUUUCUCAAAAUACCUUUGUUCCUAAGUUCUAAAAAUAGGUAAUAUGUAUGACUUAGUACGGGAUACCAGAAAAAGCAAAAGCAAAACAUUCUACAGACUAAUAAGGCAACAUACUUACAAUAUAGGGAGAUCUCUGUCCAUCACACUGAGCAUAAGCCAAGACCCAUGGUUUAUACAUUGCAUCUCUCCAUCAAGUUUCCCCUAAACUUGCCUGCCUAGAUACCAGAUUCUCUGUUUAGAACUUUCACCAUAUAAAGUCAGCCUUGCUGGGGUCCUGUUUUGUGACAUCUUUUUAUGUGCCUAGCUGUUGUGUAACUCUACUAUUUUAUGAUAUAAUGAGCCAGCAGACAGUAAUGUCAUGUUUUUUGGGGGCAAGUUUUACUUUUAUUAUCAUUGUUACUAGAUUUUUACCAAUCUGAUUAUAAAAAAAUGGUACCUUUGUGUUUUUGCUUUUGUUUUAGUUUGAGUGAGGCUGAAUGAAUAUCUUGUGUUUAAAAGCCUACAUAUAUGGUCUGUUUUCUGUAAUCUCUCCAUGUCUUGCCAUCAUUAGGUCGGUUAGUCUCCUUCAUUUCAUAGAAGCUCUUUAAAUAUUAUGGAAAUUUGCACUUUGAGAUAAGAAUGGCAAACAUUUAUUCCCAGUUUUUCACCUACCAAUUUUUGCUUUUCAUGAUUUCUCAAUUUUGAGUCAUAGUUAGGCUUUAAUACUCUCUUUUUUCUUUUUUUAAACAUUUAACUAUUCUUUUGGAAUAUAUCCUUACAAAUGGUAUAGGUUCGAAUCUUUUAAAUUUUUGUCAAUAUAUGGGGUGGGGUAGCUCAGUGGAAGUGUUCUUGCCUAGCAUACAUGUAGACACUGUCUUUGGUCUCCAGCAGCACACACACACAAAAAAUUGUUAAUGUAAUUGAUACUUCAGUUCUUUAAUGGUAUUUUCCCCUGCUUUUAUUAAUCGUGUGGCAGAACAAACUCUCUGCGUUCGUUUUCUGAUUAUAUUUCAUCACACAUGAAUAGUCUACCUGCUUUGGCAAACAGCAGUCUUCAAGAUCUUAAUAAUUUUCUUAUCAAACUGAAAAUGUUCUUUACAUGAUAUAGACAGGUUUGAAACACUUGUUGCAAAUAUUUUUCACAGCCUAGUUUUUUGAAGAUUAGGCCAAAUAAGAAAACAACACAUUUAUUUUGUUUUGAGGCUCUGUAUAAAUACAAGGAAAACUUAGGGACUUUUUUAGCUUUUCUUUUUCUAACCUGUAUACUACUUCUUUUUCCUUUUCCUUUUUAAAAAUAAUUUUAAUUCUGUACAGAACUUCAACCACAGUUGUUAUUGAAGUAUUUGUUGGUGAUAAACACCUGUAAGAGAAAUUCUUUUAAAGCACAAUGCUUUUGUGGCAGUUUACUUUUUUUUUUAAUUAACAAGAUACUGAGUGUGGUUCCCUUCUUAGGGCGCCUUCUUAGGAUUUACCAUGAGAAGUAAAUUCUGAGCAGCUACCUUUUAUUCAGAAAAGAAAUUAACAAAAUACAAUGAUGGAAGUAUCUUAGUGGUAAUAAAAUUAACAAAUAUAGAAAGGAAUCUUCUAAAAGAAACCCAGAACCUAUCUCACUAGGAGCCUCUGGAGGAAUAUGACCACGGCCUUCUAUAUCUAGUCCUUGAUUGCAAAGGGUAAAACAAAAGAGAGGAAUAGUAAAGAAAACCAGUACCCACAUGUGGAGUUUUGUGUAAUUUCACUUGAUCUUUCAAAUAACCAGUUAAAUACUGUUAUGGAUGUCCCAUGGAAGAAGAUAUAGGUGCAAAUACGUGCCAUGCUAGCUCCUCCUUACCUGAAACAUGCAUCGUUUAUAGUAAAGGAUAGUCUCUACAGCUCAGACUAAUAUUUCACAUGAAGCAUACAAAUCAGGAAACGUCAUUUUCUAAGAGAAGCAAACUUCUCUUAGAAAUGAGAAAACCUCUGACUGGAUCUCUGAAAGUCAGUCACCCUUGCAGACCUACGUCUGUCACUGAGUUUACUAGUAAAAAAUUCAUCGUGUUUGAAAUUAUUCUACUGUAGAAGUAUAUGACUUUUUGGUAUGGGGAAAAAUGGUGUAUACUUUAUUUCAUUUUAAAAAGCAAUUUCAAAGAGGUAUAUUUUUAUAUAUAGUAAAAGUUUAGGAUUCAUUUUAAGUGCUGAAAAUAUUUAAGUUUCAAAAAAUAUAUAGACCCAUGUAACCACAACAACAAUGAGCACACAAAAUACUUCUAUCAUUUCUGAGCUGGUCAUGCUUCUAAUUCCAGCUAUCAGGAAGAUCACAGUUCAAGACCAGCCCAGGUAAAACAUUCACAAGAUCCCAUUUCAACCUAUAGCCUGGUGUGAUGACACACUUAUCGUCCCAGCUAAUGAGAAGCAUAAAU